CAGUCGCGGUCCGAACUUCCCCGAGGAGAGAGACCGAGGAACCUCCCCUCCUCCUCUGGUGGUUCACAACCUGGACAACUGGGAGAGGCGAGAACGAUCGUGCCGUGACGCGGGUUGGCCAUGAGACCGUCCUUCGAGCCAUGCAGAAGCCACUGAGAGAGCUGGGCCGAUUGUGCCUGAGCGCGGGCGAGCAGAGCAACGAGGUCGUGACGGAAGUUCGCGCGGAGCCUCGUGGCGGGCUUCCCCUGCUCCAAGUAUGGCCGAGCGACUCGCCGAGGGGCGAGGCCGAUGGACAGGCGCAGGCAUUCGUGUUUCCGGAUGUCCAGGAGAACGUGAACGACAGCGGCAUCGAGUCCAUACAGGCAUCGCCCUCGCCGUGCGGCGCGGCGAGCACGAGUCCAGCAGCCACGCCUCAACAGUCGCGACGCGCCAGCCUGCUCCAUCCGGACCACGCUCGGCUGCAGUUGCACCAUUUGCACCACAAUCACCACAAUUCCGGGGUUAAGAAUCCACCGACACCGGACAGGGCGUCCAUCGACGAGGAGCCCCCUCUCCCGCCCAGCCCUUCGAGUUCGACAACGAGCAGCAUCCGCUCCAUGCCCAGCUCAGCGAACGCCCAAAUGCACUCGCAGGACAGGAGGCGUAGCAGCAGGUACAGCAUGUUCGACGCCCUGGACCUGGAAUACGCCCUCCUGAGGGCGGCAACCCGCGGCUCCGUGGGCCCCUACUCCCUCUCGGAGUCCCUCCACAAGCUGACGUUCACCCAGAGCUUGGCCUUUCCCGCGCUUGCCCGGGGCCUGGCCUCGAAGCAGAGCGUGCCCACGAGGAGGCCCCAGCAGCACACCGAGAGCGGUUUGAACGCGUUCGCCAAGGUGGUGACCGCCCUUGUACUGGUGCUGGUCAGCGUGCUCGUGUUCGGCGUGGUGUACAAGUUCGUGAGGACGUGAGGAUGGUUGCUGGUGCCCGAUCGGCCCUCCGACUCCUCGCAGGAGUUCGAUCGGCCGGGCACCGGCGACGCCUUCGACCACUGAGCGAAACAACUCCCAGGGAGAGAAUCUAUUCCAUGAUCUUCGUGGCUGGCGGAGGCCUAACCCUUGCUGACGGACGAGGAGAUCCUUGAUCUGGGACCGAUUCCGGAGGAGUGCGAUGCCGCGUGCGAGCUUGUUACGAAUGGAAAAUCCUCGAAAGGGGAUUGUUUCGACUUGUGAUCGAAGAAAGAAAGAAAUUUCUAAAUCUUGAUACGAGCAUUUUUACCGAGCGUGUAUUACUACAAUUCGAUAUUUAUCGCGCUAUUUUUAUGCGAAAAAAUGCGUGCAACCCAUUUACAUUUCGUAAAAAAAGAAAAAAAAGGAAAAAGAAGAUGUAUGUAUAAUUUUUUCUCUUUCUCUCUCUUUCGAAUAAACACGUUCGCGAAUAGCAAUUUGUUUUCUCCGUUUCUUUUUUUUUUUUUUUUUACGUAAUUAAAACGAAUCGUACACGCCUCUAAUAUCGAACGUAACAUUUGAGUUGUCGAAUUAAAUAUGCAUUUAUUCGCUUCUUUCGGAAAUUUGAAUUUUUCGAAAUUAUUUGGUUUCAAUCGUAGAGAGAUAGGUAAUUCCAAUUACGCGCAAUCGAUUUUAUAAACGAUAUCCCUCUCGUUCGAACGAUCCUCCCCCUUAACAUCAACCGACGAUUCGGCGUACGAUUAAAAUCUUCCGCCCCCGAGAGAAAUGCGUGGAAAAACGAUAAUGCACGCUUUUUAAUCGGGCGGAAAGAGUCUCCAAGUGCUUUUAUCCCGAUACGACAAUCGCUCCGACGAUAUUUAAAAACGAUCGGAUGUAAUAUAUUUAUAAUCGCGGUUACGAAUUCCUCCACGUUGAUAAAUCGACGCGUUAAACGCCUCGUUGAAACGCGUAUCCCGAAACAGGGGUUUGUUUCGAAAAUGGCUGGAAAAAAAACAUGUUACCAUGGAAACGUUUGUCGAAUCGUAAUUAUUUUUCUUUUCGCGUAUUUUACAUCGAUCGACCGUUACAUACGUUGCCACGUUUCUCGUUGCUCAAACGUUUUCAUUUAUCAACCCAUGCUUGGAAAGUUUCUAUAUAUAUAUAUAUAUUUUUGGUAUAUCGCGCGAAUUCGUUUCGUGUAUCGUAGGCACAAGUUAAUCCGGAAAUGAAAUUUCUUUUUUCCAAUCUUCACUUUGCACGAGAGAAUCGUGAAAUGUAUACACAUAUGUACUCUAUAUAUAUAUUGUAAAUAUGUAUAUAUAUAUAUAUAUAUAUAUGCAAGUAUCAACGAAGGAGUACCUUCGAUUCUUUGAUUCGUUGUAUGGGAAGCAACGAAAUUUCUAUUUGAUAAUAUCGGCGAUGUUUAAUAUCGUUGACAUUUAAAGAAAACAUUGAAAAUACUUGUAUAUAUAUAUAUAUAUAUAUGUAAAUGAGGUAUAGAAUAGAGAAAAGGAGAAGAAGAGUUUUUUUUACCUUGGAUAAAAAUCAAAUAAAAAGUUGGAGACAAUUAUUCGAUUAAUCUGGCCGGAUCUUUAGAGGAGAUAUUUUUCCACUGAAAGGAAGAAGAAAUGGGUUUUGAAUAAAAAGAAUAAAAGGAUGUACUUUCGACGAGAAUGGUUAUUGUCGCUGUAGAACGUAAACAAUGUAAUAUCGAUAUAGCAUCGCCUAGUAGUCGUUUCUUUUCUUUUUUUAUUUCAAGAAGAGUACUUCUUUUUGGAAAGAAACCGAUCUUCAUACUGUACAUACAAAAAGAAAAAAGAAAAAAAAGAAACUCUCGAAUUUGUUCAAACUAUAUAUUCCGAAUAAAGAUUUUUUUCGAUAAUUUAUUCCAUCCCUUGUAUCCUUCCAAAGGGUUCGUAUUCAGAUCGUAUUUCACUUACCACUCGCACAGGUUGAACUUUUCAUUGAACGCAGUCGAAGUAAAUAUGAAAAAGAAACGAGAAUACGUAGCAAUUUUUGGGAGAAAGGUAAUGAAAGGAGAAGGGGGAGAAGAAGAAAAAGAAGAAGACGAUCGAGACGAGAACCGAUUCGACAUCGGCUAAGAAGAAGCCGUUUAUUAUUUUACAGUCGCGUGAUUCCAUUUCCCUCUCCCUCCCCCCUCCCCCCGGCGUAUCCCUAGUCUGAAGAAGUUUAUACUUUUGAAAGUUUACAACAGAGUGUUCCCUCUUCGAAUUCUCACAUCUAUAAGGUGCUAAGAUAUCUACAGUGAUAUAAUUCCUCUGUUUACACGAGUAUACACGCAUCUCCACCGUGGAUUAAUCCAUCGUGUUUCCUUUCUUGUCGUGUCCUUUCAUCCAUCCUUUCCAUAUUUCGCCUCCUUCCUUUAUAUAUUUACAAGAGAUUCUCCUUUUUAUUGCUACUUUACAGUAUCUCGUUUGCGGCAAACGUGUACACGUUUUGCUCGUGUGUGUCCGUUUUCCCUUCUUAUAAUUCAUCCGUCGCGUAUGCGGAGAUGUGUGUCGUGGACCGCGCAACAUAUCAAUUGGAAGUACAGUGGAGAAAGAUUCAACGAGCGAACUUUCCUCCUCCCUUCUUCUUCUUCUUCUUCUUCUUUUCUUUCGUUCUUUCUUUCUCUCAAUCAAGCAAAUACUCGAGAAAAUUCGUCUCCUCCUUCCCUCUUUCCUUCUCUUCUCUCCUCUUAGAGAAGAAUUUACGUUUAUUUCGAUUUUAUUAUAUACGCAUAAUUUCUCAUUCAUCGUGUCUCACGUAGUAGCAGUUCUUCUUCCAGGUGAGAAAAAAACGAAAGCUCAAGAAAGAAAAAGAACCGUAACGACCCGAGGGUGUACAAGUUGAGGAGGUUCGUCUAAGAAGGUUGUCGAUUCUUCUAAAAUAUAAACGACGGAUUUUUAAAAAAGAUUUUCCUUCGGAAGGGUUUUGCUUCGAUUG